AUGCAGUGGGUUUGCCUAGCUAAAGAACCGUUAUCAGUAACAGAACUACGGUAUGCGUUCUCCUCGGACGAUGUCUUUCAAUCCGAGAAUUUUGAGCACAAUUAUACCGAUGUCCAUAUGAAGGCUCGAAUUACUAGCUGGUCUGGUGGCCUAGUGGAAUUUAAAUAUCACAAGAACAAGACCAUUGUACAAGUCAUGCAUCAUUCUGUCCUUGAUUAUUUACAACCAGACGGGUCAAAAUACUUGGCGGCUUCUUCCAAUACUAGUCUCUCCCAAGAUGAAGGAGAGUCGACGGUAGUAUCGACAAAAUUCAUUCUAGGGAAAAGCCAGCAGCGACUUUGUAAGUCGUGUGUCAACUAUCUUCAGCGAAAAGAUGUUCUACAAGCUAGCCAAACAGCACUUCCCACCAAUCUUCAUGAGCGAGACGAAAUCUUUUUGAAGGCGCUUCCAUUUAUACACUAUGCAACAAGAUCUUGGUUCAAGCACGCAGAACAAGCCGAAAGCCUCGGGAUUGUGCAAGAGGAUCUUGUACAGCAGUUUAGAUCCCCUCCAGGACUAACCUUCAAGGCCUGGGUAAAGAUAUUUCAGGCAAUUGACGUAUACAACGCAGAGUGCCCAAAUCCAGGUUCAACAUUACUGCAUAUUGCAUGUAGCUCAAAUCUUCGAAGUGUUGUUAAAAUUUUGUUAAGUGAUCCUGAGAGUAUUCAUACACAAGACGAUGCUGGAAACAGACCUUUGGAUUUUGCUGCUCAAUGGGGCCAUCUAGAAUUGGUCCAAACACUCCUCGAUGCAGGAGCUGCCAUAGAUCCAAAAUGCCAAGAGGAAGCAACGGCUCUUGUGCGUGCAGCUGGAAAUGGACACAAAGAAAUCCAGCAACUGUUAAUACGAGGAGUCGCAGAAACCAACGAAAGCACUAGACCGUCUGGUAAUGCCCUUCAAGCUGCUGCUGGAAAUGGACAUAAGGCAGUAGUCCAGAUACUACUUGAGGAAGGCGCCGAUGUCAAUGCGGGGAACGGCGGCUACGAUGGUACCGCACUGCUUGCGGCCUGCGCGAUGGGUAACGAGGAGGUCGUGAGGCUGUUACUUGAGAAUAGGGCCGACACCGAGGCAAAGAACAUUGAUGGAGAAACGGCAUUGCUUUGGGCAGCCGGAGGUGGGUUUGAGGCUAUCGUACAAUUGUUGCUCGACAAAGGAGCGGAUAUCGAGGCGAAGGAUAUUAUAAAGUCACAGCCCAGGCACGGGUUCGAGGCUAUUGUGCGGUUGCUGCUUAGAAGAGGAGCGGAUAUUACAGCAAAAGAUGACGAAGGAGCGACAAUUUUACUCCACGCAGCUGAGCACGGGUCCGAGGCUGUUAUACGGUUCCUGCUUGAUAAGGGGGCAAAUACCAAAGCGACAGAUAAUUUUGGAAUGACAGCAUUGCUCUGGACAAGUCAAAGCCGGUCCGAGGCCGCCGUUCGGCUGUUACUUGAGAAUGGAGCAAAUAUUGAGGCAAAAGAUAACGAUAGAAUGACAGCAUUACUUUUUGCAGCUUUAAAUGGGUACGAGGCCAUAGUGCGCCUGCUACUCCAAAGAGGAGCAAAUCUCAACGUACAAGAAAAUUCUGGAAUGUCAGCGUUACAUUUUGCAGCUCGCUAUGGUUCUGAAGCCAUUGUCCGGUUACCACUCAAUAAGGGAGCAAAUAUCGAAGCAAAAGAUGUUGAUGGAUGGACGUGGUUGCUUUGGGCGGCUCACCACGGGUCCGAGGCUGUUACACGAUUAUUGCUUGAAAAGAGAGCAAAUGUAAACGCAAAGGAUAAACGGGGUGAGACGGCGUUGUCAUUGGCAGCUCAGUACGGAUCUGAGGCCAUCGUGCAGCUACUUACUCUAAGUCGGAGCUCGUGA